AUGGAGACGGAAGAGCCAGAAUCCAUGGAGACACGUCAGUCUAUCGUGGGGGAGUCGGUACGAGACUACACGCACGCUGACACAGGGGAUUCGGACACAGCGGCUAUCUUGAAAACCGACGAACUUGAAUCCCCCCUGAAUCCUCGAAGUGACAAAUUCAAUGCGCGUGCAUGGGCAACCAACGUUGUCAAGAUUGCCAACGAACAUGGUCGGCAGUUUCGUCAGGUUGGAUUGUGCUUUGAAAAUGUCAAUGUCGUUGGUUAUGGCACACCAACCGACUUUCAGAAAGAUGUCGGAAAUGUUUGGUUAGCCCUUCCUGGCCUGAUACGACGCAUUUUCUCCAGGCAAAGUGGUCAAACUCGAAUAGACAUCCUGAGAAAGUUUGAUGGGCUCCUUCAUCCUGGCGAAAUGUGUGUUGUCUUAGGCCCGCCUGGAUCCGGCUGCUCAACUUUUCUCAAGACACUAUCCGGAGACACGAACGGCAUCUAUCUCAGCGAAGGCUCAUAUUUCAACUACCAAGGUCUGUCAGGUGAAGAGAUGCAUCACCAACAUCGAGGCGAUGCCAUUUACACCGCGGAAAUGGACGUUCAUUUUCCUCAGUUGACCGUGGGCGAGACGUUGUCAUUCGCUGCACGAGCACGUUGCGGGAGAAAUUUACCACCUGGCGCCCAACGCAACCAAUACUGUGAGCAUCUGCGUGAUGUGGUUAUGGCCAUGUAUGGCAUAAGUCAUACCGUCCAUACGAAAGUAGGGGAUCAGUACGUUCGGGGGGUUUCUGGGGGGGAACGCAAGCGGGUGACUAUCGCGGAGGCGACCCUUGCUAAUGCACCAUUCCAGUGCUGGGACAACUCAACGCGCGGUCUGGACUCCGCCAACGCGAUUGAGUUCUGUAAGACACUUAGGCUUCAGUCCGAGUUCUUUGGCCAAACGUGCGUUGUAUCAAUGUACCAGGCUCCACAGACUGCAUAUGAGCAGUUCGACAAGGUUACUGUCCUAUACGAGGGUCGCCAAAUCUACUUUGGUCCAGCGCCAAAAGCCAAAGAAUACUUUGAAAACCUAGGGUUUGAAUGCCCUGCCCGACGAACCACGCCUGACUUCUUGACUUCCAUGACAUUUUCAGCGGAGCGUAUUAUCAGACCUGGCUGCAAUCCUCCACGAACAGCUGAAGAGUUUGCGGCGGCGUGGAAAAACAGCUCUGAAUACCAAGCUUUGCAAGUCGACAUAAGAGAAUACAGAAAACAGCAUCCUAUCGGUGGCCCUGAUGCCGAGAAGUUUCGGCAGCUUAAAAAGCAUCAUCAGGCUAGCACACAACGGCUCAAAUCGCCCUAUACCUUGACUUACUCCCAACAGGUUCAGCUUUGCAUCAGGCGCGGCUUUCAGAGGCUCAGGGCGGAUCCGUCCUUAACACUGGCAAUGGGCAUUGGCAAUGUUGUUAUGGCCUUGAUUAUCUCUUCUCUGUACUACAAUCUCAGGAUGGACACAGACUCCUUCUACGGCCGAGCGGUCGUUCUCUUCAUUGCAAUUCUGUUCAACGCCUUCGCAUCUAUGCUCGAAAUCCUCACGCUUUACGCUCAACGAUCGGUCGUGGAAAAGCAGUCUCGGUACGCCUUUUAUCAUCCAUCUGCCGAGUCAUAUGCGUCGGUACUGGUCGACCUGCCUGCGAAAAUUGUCAACUGCAUCUCCUUCAAUAUCGUGUUUUACUUCAUGACAAAUCUCAACAGAGCACCAGGACCAUUCUUCUUCUACUUGCUCGUAUCAUUCCUGACUGUGAUGGCUAUGUCUGGAGUCUUCAGAUCCAUAGCCUCGUUAUCCCGCACAGAGUCACAGGCAAUGGUCCCGGCUUCACUGGUAUUACUUGCGCUACUCAUUUUUACUGGCUUUGUGGUUCCUGUGGAUUACAUGCCUAAAUGGUGUCGAUGGAUCAAUUAUAUUGACCCCGUGGCGUACGCAUACGAAGCGCUCAUGGUCAACGAGUUUCAUGGUCGCAACUUUGCAUGCUCGGCCUAUAUUCCCGACUAUGCCACUGUCUCGACGAGCUACGUGGCUUGCAAUGCUAUCGGAGCGAUUCCCGGUCAGGCUUAUGUGAACGGAGACUACUAUAUCGACUCAGCCUACAGAUACCACCAUAGCCACAAAUGGCGAAACGUUGGGAUUAUCAUUGCCAUGGCGAUCUUCAACCAUCUGGUCUACUUCAUUGCAAGCGAAUUCAUCAAAGCCAAAAGGUCCAAAGGCGAGGUUCUGGUCUUCCGAAGAGGGUCCAUUUCAUCGCGCACGACCAAAGGUGGGAAUGACAUUGAAAUGUCUGUGACCGGGCCAGUGUCCACUGUGAUGAACUCCGCCGGAAACCUUGCCAGCAUCGAAAAGGGGGCCUUUCAGGGUUCAACAAGCGUCUUCCACUGGAACAACGUAUGCUAUGAUAUCAAGAUCAAGAAGGAAACACGACGUCUCCUGGAUCAUGUUGAUGGUUGGGUUAAGCCUGGUGGGCUCACGGCAUUGAUGGGUGUGUCUGGGGCUGGCAAGACGACACUGCUCGAUUGUUUAGCUGAUAGGCGUACCGGUGUGGGCGUUCUUACCGGGGAGAUGCUGGUUGAUGGACAUUUGCGCAAUCAAAGCUUCCAACGCAAAACAGGCUAUGCUCAACAGCUUGAUCUCCAUUUGGAGACGAGUACCGUUCGCGAGGCCUUAGAGUUUUCAGCAUUACUUCGACAACCAUCAAUGACCUCAAAGGAGGACAAACUAGCUUAUGUCGAGGAAGUCAUUCAGCUCCUUGACAUGCAAGGCUAUGCCGAUGCUGUCGUAGGUGUGCUUGGGGAGGGUCUCAACGUGGAGCAGCGCAAGCGCUUGACAAUUGGUGUUGAACUGGCCGCCAAACCGCCGUUGCUACUCUUCGUUGAUGAGCCAACUUCAGGGCUCGAUUCUCAAAGCAGUUGGGCUAUUCUGGACCUGUUGGAAAAGUUGUCGAAAGCUGGACAGUCUAUCCUUUGCACCAUUCAUCAACCUUCUGCCAUGCUGUUCCAACGAUUCGACCGCCUGUUGCUGCUUCAGGAGGGAGGUCAAACCGUCUAUUUUGGCGACAUUGGACAUGAUUCAACGACAUUGACGGGAUAUUUCGAGAGAAACGGCGCAUCACCAUGCCCGCCCGGAGCCAACCCCGCAGAAUGGAUGCUUAAGACCAUCGGGGCAGCACCAGGAUGCUCUUCUGAUGUGGGCUGGCAUCAGACAUGGCGUGGCAGCCCAGAAUAUCGGAACGUUCAAGAUGAGCUCGCCCGUCUUCGUGAGCACAAAUUCGAGAGACUUCUGCCUAUUGCUGAGCAAAGAGAUCCUGCCUGCGAGUCGUAUCGCGAAUUCGCAGCACCGUUUUCCCAACAGUUCGUCAUCGUCACACGGCGAGUUUUCCAGCAAUAUUGGCGCACGCCAAUAUACAUCGACUCCAAGCUCAGUCUAUGUAUUUCGGCCAGCCUCUUCAUCGGUCUCGUCUUCAUCGACAGUCCUCUCAGCAUCCAAGGCCUCCAGAACCAGAUGUUUGCCAUCUUCGAACUGACUUCCAUUGUCGGACAGCUCGUGGACCAACAGCUACCACAUUUUACCACGCAGCGCUCCCUCUACGAAGUCCGCGAGCGCCCGGCAAAGACCUACUCUUGGAUCGUCUUCAUGCUUAGCCAGAUCAUCGCCGAAGUGCCCUGGAAUACUCUAGCUUCCGUGUUCAUGUGGGCUUUGGUCUACUAUCCGGUCGGCUUUUACAAGAAUGCCAAUGCGGCGGACCAAGGCGCCGAACGAGGAGCGUUGAUGUGGCUUUUGUUCUGGGUGUUCAUGAUCUUCGUCAGCACCUUCGCUAAUUUGUGCAUUACCUUCGCCGACACAGCUGACGAAGGAGGCAACAAUGCGAACUUUUUGUUCAUGUUGAUCUUUUUCUUCUGUGGUGUUUUGGCCACGAAGGACCAAAUGCCUGGCUUCUGGGUGUUCCUCUACCGAGUAUCACCAUUCAAUUAUUUCAUCUCGGCGAUUUUGUCUACAGGAUUGGCAAACGUCGACAUUACUUGUGCAAACAACGAGUACAUUACACUCAGUCCGCCCAGAGGACAAACUUGUGGCCAGUACAUGGCCGAUUACAUCUCAAGAGCUGGUGGAUAUCUGCUGGACGCUAAUGAGACCGCGAAUUGCAAGUUUUGCAAGAUCAAAGAAACGAAUGUUUACCUGGAGAGAAUCGACGCGCACUAUGAUGAUCGAUGGCGAAAUUUUGGGCUUAUGUGGGGCUAUGUUGUGUUCAAUGUUAUGGCCACGCUUGCUUUGUACUGGCUUUUGAGAAUACCAAAGGGAAAAAGAAAGGUGUAA